AUUCAUCGUCUUUUGCUGCCGCUUCCUCUAUCGCCUUCAAAGGGCAAAAGAGAGAACAACUUUUCGCCUUCUCUUUCGAACCAGUCUUAAUCGCGGAGCAAUUCAUUCGAUCGAUCGCUUCAUCGAGCUUCACGCAGUUCGAUUGGCGAAGUAGUGAGCUAUUCGACGGCCAAUUGCUGAGUUUUCCACGUAGAAGAGCUAUGGAGGAGGGAGAAAACGAAGCCCCUGCGCCGCUGCCAGUCUCGUCGGUGGUUGAGAGGCUGGUAGCGUUGUUGGAGGAGAUCGCCGCCAUCUCUGACUAUAGGAACUCUUACAAGAAGCUAUUUUUCAAUCUCUCGCGGCGGAUCAAGCUGCUGGCGCCCAUGUUUGAGGAGCUCAAGGAAAGCAAGGUCCCGAUCCCCGUAUCGACGCUAGUGACCAUGGAAAAGCUUAAUCGGGCCCUUGAUUUAGCGAAGGAGCUACUCCUACUGGGGAGCAAAGGGAGCAAGAUCUUUCUGGUUCUAGAGCGAGAUCAAAUGAUGGAAAGAUUCCAAGAUGUUACUUCUCAACUGGAACAAGCUUUGGAUGAAAUUUCCCUUGAUGAGAUUGACAUAUCUGAUGAAGUGAAAGAACAGGUUGAGCUUAUGCAUUCUCAGUUCAAAAGAGCCAAAGAAAGGAUUGAUACUAUUGAUAUGGAGCUUUAUGCUGAUCUGUUAAAGGUUUACAAUAUGACCACUGAUGCCAAGGUGGAUCCUGUGAUUCUACGGAGAUUGACAGAAAAAUUACAGCUGAUCACUAUAGCAGAUCUCAAACAAGAAUCUGUUACCUUGCAUGAGAUGGUUUCUGAUGGUGGAGAUCCUGGAGAGGUCAUUGAAAAGAUGUCCAUGCUGCUAAAAAAGAUCAAGGAUUUUGUACAAACACAUGAACCAGAACUGGGCUUUCUGACAGCCACAAACGUUGGCAAUACUCCUGUCAUUCCAGAUGAUUUCCGCUGCCCUAUAUCCCUGGAGCUAAUGGGGGAUCCAGUUAUUGUGUCAACUGGACAGACUUAUGAACGGAGGUGCAUUGAAAAAUGGAUGGAAGCGGGACAUGAUACUUGUCCAAAGACACAACAAAAACUAUUCAGCACAUCGUUAACCCCAAAUUAUGUCCUUCGCAGCCUCAUAGACCAAUGGUGUGAAACAAAUGGCAUGGAUCCACCCAAGCGUCCUGUGCAAACUGGAAAACCUCAAUCAGUCUGUUCUGCAGGUGAACAUGUAAAAGUUGUUGAUCUUGUUCGAAAGCUAUCUUCACAGAACCUUGAAGAUCAACGGUCAGCUGCUGGCGAACUUCGUUCGCUUGCCAAGAGAAAUGCAGAUAACAGGAUCUGCAUUGCUGAGGCUGGUGCUAUAUCUAUUCUUGUCAGUUUGCUCAGUACAAAUGAUGCUCGCACACAGGAGCAUGCUGUCACUGCACUUCUGAACCUCUCUAUAUAUGAGGAAAACAAGAGUAAGAUAAUCUUCUCUGGCGCUGUGCCUGGGAUAGUGCAUGUUCUCAAGAAGGGCAGCAUGGAAGCACGGGAGAAUGCUGCUGCGACACUUUUCAGCCUCUCGGUGGUGGAUAGGAACAAAGUGAUAAUUGGUGAUUCGGGAGCUAUUCCCCCUCUUGUUUCGCUUUUAAGUGAAGGAAGCCAAAGAGGAAAGAAGGAUGCUGCAACGGCACUCUUCAACCUAUGCAUUUACCAUGGUAACAAGGGAAGGGCAGUUCGGUCUGGGGCGAUUCAAAUACUGAUAACACUCUUGACAGAUCCAGAAGGAACUAUGAUGGAUGAAGCACUUGCUAUCAUGGCAAUCCUUUCAGGCCAUCCUGAGGGAAAGGCAGCAAUCACGGCUGCUGAAGCACUGCCAGUGCUAGUAAAGGUGAUAAAAAGUGGGUCACCGAGGAACAAGGAAAAUGCAGCAGCUGUCUUGGUGCACCUCUGCAAUGGGGAGCAACAGCAACAAAAUUUGACAGAGUUGCAGGAGCAAGGGAUGAUGGUGCCCCUGCAGGAAAUGAUGGAGAGUGGCACUGACCGAGGCAAGAGGAAGGCUGCACAGUUGCUUGAGCGCAUGAAAAGAUUUUUGGAACAACAGGAGGCUCAAAGUCAGGCUGAGGCUCAGUCUCGAGCUCAAAUGCAGGAAAUGGCAGACAAUUUAACGGGUACAAUUUCAUCGGCUUUGACUUUGACUGAUACGUAGCUACUUUGUUCUUUUGCUUGACAACAAGUUGAAAUGAUUGUUGUAGUCUAAUUAUAAGAUUGGCGGUGGAAGAUCACCUGCCUGGCAGAGUUGUAAGUUAAUUGGGUUGGGAUUCUGUGUCGAGGAUCAAUCAGAUGCGAAAGUUAAUUUAGUUGUGAUUGUGUGAGUUUGGGUGAUCAACCAGGUGCGAUAAUUAGUGUCGCAACUGCCAUAGCAGGAACGGGGAAGUGUGACAUUGUUACAUGGUGAUGAUGUAAGUUAUCAUCAAAUUUUAUGGAGGGUUGCAUCUGUUUUGAGUC